AAGUAAGUUGCGGAGUGAAGACGUGUUAAGAAUUAAAAAAAAAGUAAUAAAAAAAUUAUUUUUAUUUUAUAAGAAAAAAAACCAAAGAACGGAAACAACAAAAAAUGGACAAAGGUGACGACGCAACGAAACAAAAUGAGGAACAAAGUACGAACAAAAAGCAACCAACAGAGCUGAGCAUGAAACGAGAAGCGAGUUGGCCUUCCGUGUUGUUUUUCAUUCAUUUGAACAUCUUGGGACUUUAUGGGAUCAUCGUGCUUUUCACGCAAACUAAGUUAAUUACUUUCGUUUUUACGAGCAUUUUAACGGUUUGCGGCAUUUUGGGAGUCACAGCAGGAGCUCACAGGUUAUGGGCCCAUCGCACGUACACGGCGUCAACGGGUCUCAGAUUCGUUCUUAUGAUCUUUCAAACGUUAGCGGGACAGGGUUCAAUUUAUGAUUGGGUUCGUAUGCACCGAUUGCAUCAUGAGAAAUUCAAAACGCCCGAAGAUCCGCUGUACAGUGACAAAGAUUUUUUGCAUGCACAUGUCUUUGCCCAAAUUAGAAGUUUGAGUCCGAAACAGGAAGCUUUGCUGCAAAAAGUUGACAUGAACGAUAUUGAAUCUGAUAGUAUUGUGAUGUUCCAAAAGAAAUUUUACUGGAUUUUAUACCUCGUCCUUUUCGUUCUUCUCCCGAUCAACGCUCCUCUCGAAUAUUGGGAUGAUUCCGUUCAAGCUGCCCUUUUCGUCGCCUUCUCCUUGCGUUACAUAAUCGUCAUAAACAUCGCUUGGCUCGUCAACUCCGCGCAUUUCGUUUGGGGUCUCGACAAGAACAAGAAGCAAUCUGACUCGAAUAUGGUCUUUAUUGUCACUCGCAGCUAUUGGCCUCAAUAUCAUUAUCUUUUGCCGUGGGAUUAUCAAAGCGGCGAAUUCGGAAAUUACGGAAAUGGAUUGACAACAGCGUUCAUAAGAGUUUGUGCUGCGGUUGGAGAAGCGGAGGAUUUGCAAACGAUGACAACGGAUGCCGUGAAAAAAGGAUUGACAAUGGCUGUUGAUACGGGAAGGCCUGUUGUCGAAUGUUUGAAGGAAGCUGGGCAACAGGAGAUGCUCGUUUUGCAGAAGGAACAUUAUCUUCAGAAUGAGAGACUUAAGUAAAUAAGAGUUCCUAAAGAUUCUCACGGAUUUUGUAAAAAAAAUAAAUUUGAUGAAUUUUUGAUUUAUUUUUUGUAAUAAAAUGCAAAUUUGAUACCAAAUUUUUAUUU